AUGGACAGACUAAAAGGAAUAUUUUGGAGAGGAUGGAAUAAUGAUGUUGGAAUAAGCGGUGACGGUGAAAUCUGUGCCGUUGUUGCAGGUGCCGCCGAGCUAACAGCAGCUGGCGGUGAGAUGAAACAAUCCAUAUGGAGAUUCGAUAGCCAUGAUUUCUCGGAAUCCAAGUAA